UGUUUUUCGUUGUUAACGCUUCCUUUCUCAAUCCGAUCAGCCAGAGGGUGGGAAAUUUCCAGGCUCUACAACACGCUCUUCCCUUCUGCACCAAGCCUCCAACUUCCAGAAUUCGCAGCUCCAAAUAUCCAACUUCAAUGGCGGCAGUGGCAAGAUAUUGGGUGGUUUCUCUUCCCGUUCAAACCUCCGCUUCAUCCCUAUGGGGUCGUUUACAGGAAGCGAUCUCUAAGAACUCCUUUGACACCCCACUUUACAGGUUCAAUACGCCUGAUCUCCGUGUAGGAACUCUAGAUUCUCUUCUGUCGCUCAGUGAUGAUAUUUUGAAGUCUAAUAGUUUCAUUGAAGGAGUAUCUCAGAAGAUUAGGCGUCAGAUCGAGGAUUUGGAGAGGACUUCUGGUGUUGAGAGCAGUGCAUUGACGGUCGAUGGGGUUCCUGUUGAUUCAUACCUCACGAGAUUUGUUUGGGAUGAAGCAAAAUACCCUACCAUGUCACCUCUGAGGGAGAUUGUGGAUAGCAUACAUGUUCAAGUAUCUAAAAUUGAAGAUGAUCUCAAGGUUCGUGUUGCUGAGUAUAACAAUGUCCGUAGCCAACUUAAUGCAAUAAACCGAAAGCAAAGUGGAAGCUUAGCUGUCCGUGAUCUUUCAAAUUUGGUGAAGCCAGAGGAUAUAAUUACAUCAGAACAUUUAGUGACACUCCUUGCAAUUGUUCCCAAGUAUUCACAGAAAGACUGGUUGUCGAGCUAUGAAACACUGACCAGUUAUGUGGUUCCCAGGUCCUCUAAGAAAUUACACGAGGACAACGAGUAUGCUCUUUACAAUGUUACUCUCUUUGGACGUGUUGCUGAUAAUUUCAAAACAAGUGCACGUGAAAGAGGAUUUCAGAUUCGUGAAUUUGAAUAUAGCCCAGAAACACAAGAAAGUCGGAAGAGAGAGUUGGAAAAGCUUAUGCAGGAUCAGGAAACUUUAAGAGGCUCCCUUCUGCUGUGGUGCUAUACUAGUUAUGGGGAGGUUUUCAGCUCCUGGAUGCACUUCUGUGCUGUACGUGUUUUUGCUGAGAGCAUUCUGCGAUAUGGCCUGCCACCAUCUUUCUUGGCAACAGUGUUAGCGCCAUCUACUAAAAAUGAAAAGAAAGUUCGCUCUAUCCUGGAAGGGCUGUGUGACAGCACUCAUAGCACCUACUGGAAAUCUGAAGAUGAAGGAGUGGUUGGUUUAGGGGGCGAUGCUGAUUCUCAUCCAUAUGUAUCCUUCACUAUCAAUAUCAUUUGAAGUAAGUCGGCUUUUAAUGUUGCCGCCCAUCCAAAUCCCAGUUUAGAGGGAUACUUUUUGCCUAAAUAACAAUGGAUGGGGAGUAGUACAGACUGUAUAUUAGCGUAAGUUACCCACAAUUCAUUGGUUGUUUAUUUAUAUAUAGCUUCCUCGAUCUCAUUAGAGGGCCUUUUGGGUGUGGGGUGGUCUGAAAUUUAAGUUUUGUAUUCUAGAUGCUUGGAGAUUUAAACCAAAAUGUUAUCAUAAUUCAGAAAACUUGAUGCAAAUGUCUGUUCUCCAA